AUGGACAAUCGCAAAGACAAAGAACACGGGUAUUACCAACGCGAUCAACAAGGAGCAUCGGACAACCCUCUGUCAAAUUAUGCUCGGCAGGCCCUUGUUAGGGGUGGAUACAGCUCAUCCCCCGGGCCAGCCGAAGCGCAGCAAUACAGCUCGACGCCUGCCGCAAGCGGCUACGUAAUCCAACAACCUCGUCCAGCUCCAUAUCAGCAGGGACAACUUGGGGGCAACACGUCGUCUGGUGGAGGCUAUGCCGGCGGUGCACAAUAUUCUGGAAGUCUUACUGGCGAGACACAGCCACUUUUCGGAGGAUAUUCUGGUUCGGCCCAUCAGCAGACAACAGAGGGACACAAGAGAGGACGUGAGAGCAGUUCAUCCAGCGGAGAUCAGCAACACGAGCAUGGAAGGAGCCACCGCAAGCAUGGCGGAAGCACACACAAGCAUAAGAAGGCAGACGACGGCAGGGGGGAGCACCACCACAGCAGACCGCAUGGCUCCCAGCGCGGUGGAUCCCAAGGCAGCCACCACGAGCCUGGGCCUCAGCCCGAAAACCAAGGCGCAAAUUUUACACCAGCCGCACCUCAACAUCAGCCAAACCCUUGGCAGAACACUAGCUGGCCCACGAAUGCGCCGGCCACGGCUGGUCGCGGCGCCGGCGCCGGCGGCGGUUACGGCGAUGACGUGCGCAUCGAGCGUCAACCCGCGCUCCCUGCUGGGUUAUUCCCGCCGGCGCCGCGAGGGCAAAUGCCUUCGAUGCAGUUGGAGCGACCGCGGCUAGCUCCGAUGCAUUCGCUACCGCGGCAGCUGCAGCGACGGGACAUGGUGCCCCCGAUGUCAACGGAACCGCCGCAUCUGGCCCCGUUUGAGGCGCAACCGCAGUCCGGGGGGCUGCCCUCGCUGCAAAUACAGUCGCAGCAGCAGGGCGCGACGCUGCCCCCGGUGCCGACCGGGAUGGGUACCGGACCCGCCGCAUCUCAUUCGGAUAACAGCCCCGACCAGUUCAACGUCGCUUGGCGGGGCCACACAUUCGAUACUUCCCAGGACCGCGCGACUAGAGGUUUGACGCCUCUCCAGCUCUGUGAAGCGCGGGUCGUCAUAGCCAGCUUUGCCACCUGGGACGAAGUGAGUGAGUUGGGGCAGGAACUUCCGGGUGGGCGUGCUGCGUCGACAAUUGCUGUCGUGGUGAAGCGCGAUGAUGGGAGCCAGUGGGGUCUACGACAGUGGAGUGAAUGGACCAGGAGAGAAGAUGUGAUAGUCUGGGAGCACCGCAUUCCGCCCCCGACAGAGGACUUCGGGGAUGUUGCCGCCCGCCUCCACGGAUACUACUUCCCAGAGCGCAUGCUCGGCGAGGUUGUUGGUCGUCUCAAGCUGUUUGCACGGAUGGGCGUGCACCCGGACCAGGCGGGCCGGACUAUAGGGGGUUUUCCAAAACUCGGCUUGGCGGAGAAGAAUCGAACGAGACACAAUCGAUGA